AUGUUUCUAGAUGAGAAAUCUAUUAAAUAUAGAAACAUUAACGAUCAUAUUAAUUUAUUUUCAUCUAAAUUAAAAGGAAAUGUUAUUAAACAAGCAGCAUCUAGACUUUUACAACAUGUAACAUUAAAUAAAAAUUUUUAUCAUAUAACACAAAAUAUCAAUGGAAAUGCAUUUGAUGAUUAUCAUACAUCAUCAAAUUGUAUUCAACGAAAUAGAAAAGAAUUUGGACGAACAGAUAAAUGUAAUUCAUGGUUAUCAAAAUUUCCUACAAAAAGUGAUACAUCUCUCAAUCGAUUACCUAUAUUCAUUAAAUCUCCAUUAUAUAAACAUAAAUCACGUGAUUAUUUAUCAUCUAUUCAUAUUUAUCCUCAAACUAAGUAUUCAAAUAUAUCAAUGAAUCAAUCUCAUUAUAUGCCUUUACAAUUUCAUCAAAAUUCAACCAUAUUAUCAAAUACUGCUAUUCCAAAUGAUAAUAACAAUAUUAAUCCACAAUAUGAACCAUUAUCUCAACCUCUUAUAAUGGUACAUAAAAAACGUCUUCGUCGUGAUUAUUUUUUAUCUACAAUGCAAAAUUGUAUACAACCUCCAUAUAGUCCAAAUCAUUUUUAUGCAUUUGAUCAAAUAAAUAUGCUUAAACUACAACGUAAUCUUCAUACAAAUAAUUAUGAAAAAGAUAAUUAUCAUCGAAAUAAUGAUUCAAAUUUAAAACGAAAAUAUGUUGAAAUUUAUAAUGAUGACAAAUCUCAAUGUAAUUAUUCAGAUAUUCGAUUCGAUCAAAUAUCUUUAUCUAAAAAACAUAUAUCUUCUCCUAUUGAACAAUCUUCACCAAAAACAGCAGAUCAUAUGAGUAUAAAUAAAUAUCAUGAUGAAAUAAAAAAUUCAUUGAUAUCAAAUGAAAAAUCUGAAAAAGAUUUAACAAAAGAAAAUCAAAUUUUAGAACAAUCAAAUAUAAUUAUAUCACAUUUAGAAAAAAUUUUAAAUUUAUGCGGAGAAUUACGAUCAUUAGCUAAAGAUAUAGAAAAUCAUCAUAAUGAAAAAACUAUAUUAUCAAAUAUAAUUAAUAAUAAAAAUCCAAUAGAUAUAUCUGAAUCUGAACAAAUAACAACAAUUGAUAUUCAACAAACAAUAGAUAAUAUUCAUGAAAAAAAUAUUUCAUCAUCAUAUCAACUUACUAAUGAUACAUUAUCAAUACAUUCGGAAAGUAAUAAAUCUCAUCCAUUAAUGCAAACAGAAUCAUUUAAAACAAAAUCACCUAGUUUAACAAAUUCACAUACAACAUUACGUAAAUCUGAAGAUAUUUGUUCAUGUUUUUUAAAAUCAAUUUUUGAUAAACAAAUUUGUGAAUUAAAUAUUGAUGAACAAGAAUAUUUAAAUGAACUUACAAAAGCUUAUUUACUUGGUAAAAAAACAAUACUUAAAGAACAACAAGAGGAAAAUAAUAAAUUUCAAACAUUAAAAAAUGAAAUUCUUUCAGAAAAACAACAAGAAUCUAAUGAUCUAUCAUCUUUAGCAUUUGAUACUAAUAAUAAUAAUCAAUCAAAUACACCUGCAAGUCCAUCAUCUAUUUUAUUCUAUGAUAAUUUUCAAAAAUUAGAUAAUCAUUUAUUGUCUAAACCAAAUAAUUCAAAAAUUUCAUUAAUUGAAAAUGAUCAACAACAACAACAGUUAUCUAUUCCAUCUGGAAUGAUUAGUCUUAAACAUGAACUAUUUAUUAAUGAACCAAUUGCAAUGAAAACAACAAAUGUUUUACCUGGUAUUGGAACUAAAUAUGCUCAACAAUUAAGUGAAUGUGGUUUUACAACAGUACGACGUUUACUUGGUUUUUAUUUAAUGAUUAAAGAUGAUCAACAUUUUGUUAUUUGGCUUAAUAAUAAAGCAGAAAUAUCAAUACAUUCAGCUUGGUUAUGUACAAAUGCACUUCGAGCUUGGUGUGAAGUACAUCUUUAA